AUGAGCCAGGGAUCCGAUGAUGGCGCCACAGAGCCGCUACUCCCGGUGCGCACCAACAUUCUCGCUCCCACGCCAAACGCACAGGAUGACAGCGGGGCCGCGAAUCCAUUCAGCAAAGGCAAAAAUCAGGAAAAUAUACGAGAUUCGUAUUUGAACCAAUUGGGCUACACACCGCUCAUCUUUAAGAAAGUGAAAAAAGUUGGAAGCUUCAUUGCCUCGAUGUCACCUUUGCAGACUCGCAAAUCGAAUCCAGACGACCUACAUUUGGACGCUUUCCCUUACCAUCAGUCAAUUAUCCCAUCAAAGGGCUCAAUUCGUGGCUCAGUCUUUAAUCUGGCCGGUGCUACCCUCGGUGCAGGGGCGCUGUCUCUGCCGUAUGCGGUCGCAGUCUCUGGCUUCGGUUUUGCCGUAGCUCAACUUGUUUUAGCUGCUGUACUUACCAUUUACACCAUUCGGCUGUUGAUUCGAGCGGAGGAUAUUACAAAAUUAAAUUCUUAUGAGGAUCUGGCCAUGCACUGUUUCGGCACAAAGAUGACAAUUUUUGUGGAAGUGAACAUUCUGGUCUUUUGUUUUGGGAUUUCCGUUGCAUACCUUGUAACACUCGGAGAUAUUGUCACACCGCUAGUCGAGCUGUGCUUUGGAGUGCAAAGCAUUAUAGCGCAGCGAUGGUUGCUAAUGACAAUUUUAUGUGGAGCAAUCAUGUUGCCAUUGUCUUUGAUGAAAGACAUCAGCAGUCUUCAAUUCUCGUCCAUUUUAGGCGUUCUUUCUAUCAUUUUUCUCGUCGUGGCGGUGGCAAUUCGAUCAAUUACGUAUGCGACACUUAAUGGCAUCCCAAAAGACAUCAGCUGGACUAUCGAUCUAAGUCGCAGUCCAGACUUUAUGCUCAGCGUGCCAAUUGUAAUGUUUGCGUUUACUUGUCAGGUGAACGUCUUUUCUAUCUACACGGAGCUACAGCGUCCAUGCAUUCGUCGGAUGAAUAAAGUAGUUGACCGAGCUACUCUUAUUUCAUUCCUGAUCUACUUGUGCAUCGGUGGAGUGGCGUACCUGGCGUUCGGGCGUCAACUCGUGGAACCAAAGUAUAAGGGGAACAUUCUAUUAAGUUUCCCGCUGGAUGACGCAUUGAUUGCCUUUAGCCGAGCUGCCAUUGCUUUCACUGUAGCCGUAGCUUUUCCGCUUAACAUCUUCCCAUGCCGCUUUACUAUCGAGAUGAUGUUUUUUGCAAACAGGGAGGACUCGUGGACGCGCCAUUCGAUUGUAACGAGUAUACUCGUUCUAUCAGCACUACUGCUCGCGAUCUUCUGCCCUAGCAUCAACGUGGUCUUUGGAAUCAUCGGUGGGACGUGCUCCACCAUUGUGUGCUUUUGUUUUCCGGCUGCGUUUAUUCUGAAACUUGAAGAAGGCCCUCUGCUUAGCCCCCAAAAAAUCGGCCCGGUACUUUUAUUUACCGGCGCAAUUGUAAUUGGGAUCGUGGGCACAGGUGUCACUGUCUGGUCUAGCAUAAUCGUGCCACCAGCAUAA